GAUCCACGCAAAAAGAUCAAAAAGCAAGACAUCAAUUGCCAGCCCACACUCUGCAUUCUGAAAAUAAUUUUGUUAGUUUGGAGUGAAAGCCAUGGCAUCUUUGGCAAACUUUGCUGCAGUGCAGCCUACCACCAAUGUCAAGGGCCUAGCUGGAAGUUCCAUUACUGGAACUAAGCUUCAUCUCAAAUCAUCUCGCCUCAAUUUGAAGCCCACUAAAUCCAGGGCUGGCCCUGUGGUCGCCAAAUAUGGUGACAAGAGUGUAUACUUUGAUUUGGAGGAUUUGGGCAACACCACUGGCCAGUGGGACUUGUAUGGAUCAGAUGCACCUUCACCAUACAACCCUCUUCAGAGCAAGUUCUUUGAGACAUUUGCUGCUCCAUUCACCAAGAGAGGCCUUUUGCUCAAAUUCUUGAUAUUGGGAGGUGGCUCCACCCUCGCUUACUUCAGUUCGACAGCAUCAGGGGAUAUCCUACCAAUCAAGAAAGGUCCACAACUUCCACCCAAGCUCGGCCCACGUGGCAAGAUCUAAUUGCUUUUUGAUCCAAUUAUCAACCUUCUAUUUGUAAUUGAUGUAUGUUUCCCCAGUUUGUGUAAGUAUAAUUGAAGACUUUCCAUUAUAUCAAGUUAUAUCUUAUGGUAAAUUUGUGGCAUUGCUUUCUUA